GGAAGCUGGGCCGCUGGUCUCCGGGGCUGCUCCGUCGCUCCCUCCCGGCCUGGCUCUGUCAUCUUCCGUCAUGAGCUGGACGCGGGCGGCCCCGGGUCUCUGACUGCGCCCCCGGAGCCCAGGCAGCCCCAUGGCCGCGGUGUCGGCAUCGGCGGCCCCCGGGGCCGGAGGAGCGGGAGCCGGGAGCUCGAGCCCGCCGCCGGCGGCGUCCGCUCGCAGGGACUUCUACUGGCUGCGCUCCUUCGUGGCGGGAGGUAUUGCAGGUUGUUGUGCCAAAACCACCAUCGCACCUUUGGAUCGAGUGAAGAUAUUGCUACAAGCGCAUAAUCACCAUUACAAACAUUUAGGAGUGUUUUCGGCAUUGUGUGCUGUUCCCAAAAAGGAAGGCUAUCUUGGUUUAUAUAAAGGAAAUGGAGCAAUGAUGAUUAGAAUCUUUCCAUAUGGUGCAAUUCAAUUCAUGUCCUUUGACCAUUAUAAAAAGUUAAUUACCACAAAACUUGGGAUUUCUGGACAUAUACACCGGCUAAUGGCUGGCUCCAUGGCAGGUAUGACAGCAGUCAUCUGUACUUAUCCACUUGACAUGGUUAGAGUUCGCCUGGCCUUCCAGGUGAAAGGAGAACACACAUACACAGGAAUUGUUCAUGCAUUCAAAACAAUAUAUGCAAAGGAAGGUGGCUUUCGUGGGUUUUACAGAGGACUGAUGCCUACUAUUGUAGGCAUGGCUCCCUAUGCAGGGGUUUCAUUUUUUACUUUUGGUACCUUAAAGAGUGUUGGUCUCUCCCAUGCUCCUACCUUGCUUGGAAGACCUUCAUCAGACAACCCUAAUGUCUUAGUUUUGAAAACGCAUAUCAACUUGCUUUGUGGUGGUGUUGCUGGAGCAAUAGCACAGACAAUAUCUUAUCCACUUGACGUAACCCGUCGUCGAAUGCAAUUAGGAACUGUUCUCCCAGAUUCUGAAAAGUGCCUUACAAUGUUGAAGACACUGAAGUAUGUCUAUGGACACCACGGCAUCCGCAGAGGACUCUAUCGGGGCCUGUCCCUUAACUACAUCCGCUGCGUUCCCUCCCAGGCUGUGGCGUUCACAACCUACGAGCUUAUGAAGCAGUUUUUGCACCUCAACUGAAGUCACAUUAUUCCUUAAACUGUCCAGGGCCAGACACAUGUAUAUCUGGUAUAUGAACAUUUAUAAUGUUUUAUGUUUCUUUUGGCAGUGGAGGGAGGGAGGGUGUGUGUGUGUGUGUGUGUGUGUGUGUGUGUUAAGUGAAGUGGAAAAUCACUCUGUAACUGCAAGCCUAGGCACUUUUUGUUGUUGUUGUUGUUUUAAGCCAGAAACCAGAAGUGCUUCCUGUUGUUUUCUGAUGCCAUAAUUUGUGGUUUCCUGAUAUAAAACUCAUCCUUAGGCCGACUCUGGAUGUUUUAUUAAGUUAAUCAGUUUCAUUAAAAUAACUAAAUUGUCUGAGAAACCAAUGACAGAUUAAUUGGUGUCCAUUAUAGAUUUUCCAAGAUUUGCUCUUUAGCUUUAUCAUGUUCUUCCAAGCUUUUUUUAGCAAUCAUGGCAAGAAAAAAAGUCCCAGCCUUAUGCUGACCUUAAUGAAAAAUUAUGCUGGAUUUUAAAAUGAACUGAGUUCAUUUUUUAAAAUAGAUUAAUAAUUUGUGAUUAUUAUAGCAAGAAUGUGUAUUACAGUUUUAUCUUGCCCCGUUGGGUAAGUGCAUUGUACAAGCCAGCACGGAAAAGGUGAUAUUUUGUGGGUGGUGAUGGUGGUGGUGGUGACUGAUUUCUUGUCAAAAAUAAUAUAAUGUGCCAUGGGAUAAAAAUAUUAUUUUAAAAUAAAAUUAUAAAUGUGACAUAGUGACAAUGAUUCAGAAGCUAGGUAAGCUUACUUGCAGGUGUUAUAAUAAAAAAAGUUAUCUGAUACUGUGGGGUAUUUUACAUAAUUUUUUAUAAGAGACAACGUAUUUCUAAAAUGCGCUUAGGAAUGUAAGUAAAAAAGACUAGCCCUGAGAGGUUUUAUUUGUAAAAGUGGGUUGGUUUACUUCUGUUACACAAGAUGUGUACAGAUAGAGUGAAAGCAUUCCCGAUAUUGUCAAUAUAUGGAUCAAAUGGUAUUUGCUGUGCUUGUAUAUACAUUAGAAUAAUAUGUGCAUUAAUAUAUACUGUAUCAAAAUGUUCUUCCAUGAGAGAGACUUCUGUUGUGUAAAUUUACUUAAUGGAGAUAUUGAAUAUAAUUUCUAGUGAUCUCCUGUUGUUUAAAAACAAGCAAGUUAAAAAUGUCUGGAUUCAUUCUUUGUAGCCACUUGUUGUCAUUUUUAUUUAUUGUUGUAAAUAUCAUUUUAGAGGACAUGAUAUGUAGAAUCGUUGCCAUGAGAUGAGUCAUUAGAAAAUUAGUUGAAAUCAUUGUGUGGUUUGGGUUAAGAGAAUGAGCAUUUCUGGUGUGGUCUUUGUAAAUUUGGAAAAAAUUGGAUGAAUUGUUAGCUUUGUUUUGACAUCUCAUCAGAUAAAUAUUUGUUUGAUUUAUAAACCUUCCAGUUGAUGGAACUGCAUGUGUUCCUAGAGCUGUAUAUGUUUCCCCUUCUGGGUUAUGCUAUAACUAAAUAUUGUCAGGCAACCUUGAGGUGAUUUAAAUUGCUAAAACAAAUAUCUUCCAUUAUCCCCUGAAAAGAAACUACAAAUGUUUUACUGAAGGAAAACUUGCAUUCUGUUCCAUUUCUAGAAUAUGUUCAAAAAUUUAAUGAUAAAUAAAUAUGUUUUAGUCAUUUCGAAA